CAUAACUUCUCUAUAUAUACACACACGUAUACAUACCAAUUCCCAUAUAUCUCACCGUCCAUUCCAAAUUUCCAAUUCCCAUUCCAAUCCGAUGACUCUUAAUAAGUAUUAUUUGAAAUAUAUUUUUCAGGCGGCAUUCUUUCUUGUCCUGUCACUGUCACUGUCGUGGAGAUGCAGAGCCGCUCCGGACGCCGCCGUCCCUGCUCCGGCCGCCGCCGUCCCUGCUCCGGCCGCCGCCGUCUCUGCUCCGGUCGCUGCCCCUGCUGAGGAAGCCGAAUUCCCCGUAGAAAAGCUUUUUGAGGAGUGGAUGGUCCUUCAUGGGCGUUCCUAUAAAGACGAGGCGGAGAAGGCGAAACGAUUCGAGAACUUCAAGAAAACCAAAGAGUACGUUGAUGCCUUCAAUAAACGCGGGAAUGAAACUUAUACGCUUGGCCUCAAUGGAUUUUCUGACAUGACUGUCGAGGAGUUCACGAACAAAUACUUGCGGAGAACAACCCACUGCGGCCGCCCCGCCCCGCCGCGAUACAACAUUCAGCCGUGUCCGCCGGCACCGGAUACGGCCUGCGCUUCUAGCUAACCGUCAUUGUCGUCCCUUCCGUUCCCUAUUGGAUUCUGACCAAAUUCGAGUAUUCCAUUUAUUGAAUUGUUAUGCGGGCGUCCUAGAUUUUUACACUUCAUACCAUUAUUGUUCAAUUCUUAGAGUGCAAUGUAACUUUUUCUUUAUUUUUGAUAUAUGUAGUAGUAUUUUUUUUUUAAACUGGGAAUUCUCCAUAUAGGAAUAUAUAUGAAACUUUCAUUGUUAAAAU